GUGUGUGCAUGUGGAGAUUUGGCAUGAGGUGCUGCCAUGGGCUUUGGGGCUGCUUUUCUUGGAUUUGUGUGUUUAAUAGAGCAGAGGAUCUGGGCACACGAUGGUCCAUUGCCCCAGCCUUCAAUAUGGGCAGUUCCAGGAACUGUGAUUUCCAAGGGCAGUGCUGUGACCAUCUUCUGCAGAACCCCUCCAGGAGUGACCACAGUGUGCCUGUUCCAUAAUAUAUCUGAAAGAGAGUGUCAUGAUUCUACCUCACAAGCUUCCCAGGAGGUUUCUGGUUUCAUUCUUCAGAGUAUGAUACACACCGAUGUGGGGAUUUACUCCUGUCAAUACAACAAGGGAGAUGGAUCAUCAGAAAGUGACAAACUGGAGCUGAUGGUGACAGGGGUAUACGAGGAAAAGCCAUCCCUUACUGUUGAUUCAGACCACCAAGGACUCUCAGAAAUGAAUGUGACACUCCUCUGUCACCCACCUCAUUUCUUUGACACAUUUAUCCUGUGCGGAGAUGGAAAUGCUUCCUUUCCCCAGAACUGCUCACAUCAGGACCACAAGACAUUCAUCAUCUCCCCAGUGAGCCCAGUGGACAGGAGGACCUAUAGAUGCUUUGGUUCUUACAAAUCUAAUUCCUACUUGUGGUCACUGCCUAGUGACCCCCUUGAAUUUCCAAUUCCAGGUCCAUUGCCCCAGCCUUCUAUAUGGGCAGUUCCAGGAACUGUGAUUUCCAAGGGCAGUGAUGUGACCAUCUUCUGCAGGACCCCUCCAGGAGUGACCAGAGUGUGCCUAUCCAAUUAUGUAUCCAAUAAAGACUGGCAUGAUUGCACCCCACAGGGAUCCCAGGAGGUUUAUGAGUUCAUUCUUCAUAACAUGAUACACACCAAUGCAGGGAUUUACUACUGUGAAUACAACAAGGGAGGUGAAUGGUCACAAAUUAGCAACAAACUGGAGCUGAUGGUGACAGGUGUUUUUGAGGAAAAGCCAUCCCUUACUGUUGAUUCAGGCCCCCAGGGACUCUCAGAAACAAAUGUGACUCUCCUCUGUCACCCACCUCGAUUCUUUGACACUUUCAUCCUCUGCAGAGAUGGAAAGGCUUCCUUUCCCCAGAACUGCUCACAUCAGGACCACAAGACAUUCAUCAUUGCCCCUGUGAGCUCAGGGCACAGGACGACCUAUAGAUGCUUUGGCUCUUAUAAAGAGAAUUCCUACUUGUGGUCACUGCCUAGUGACCCCUUUGAACUUCCAAUCCCAGGUAAGUAUCAUUGUAAACCUGGACAACCACAGCAUUCAUCUGAUGAUGGUAACAGAAUCCAGGGCUUUGUGUAUAUUAGAGUCUUUUCACUUUCAGGUGGUUACCAGGACAAGCCAUCCCUUACUGUUGAUUCAGGCUCCCAGGGACUCUCAGAAACAAAUGUGACUCUCCUCUGUCACCCACCUCAUUCCUUUGACACCUUCAUCCUCUGCAAAGAUGGAAAUGCUUCCUUUCCCAAGAACUGCUCCCAUCAGGACCACAAGACAUUCAUCAUCUCCCCUGUGAGCCCACGGCACAGGAGGACCUACAGAUGCUUUGGCUCUUUCAAAUCUAAUUCCUACUUGUGGUCACUGCCUAGUGACCCCAUUGAGCUUCCAAUCCCAGACCCAUCUGGUCCCAUUGCGGUUUGGGCCUCAGUUGCUGCUGCAUGCUUCCUUGUCUUCCUCCUCAUUUUCAUCUGCCUCUGUUGCUACUGGGCCAAAUGCAGAACCACCAAUGGUGAGACCAAGAGACAAGUAAAAUAUAGGAGAUCCAGCCCAGCCGUGGACAUGGACGAAAAAAAUAAAUAUGAUGACUUUGAGGGCAUUCGGCCUGAGAACUGCAGCCCGGUGGACACACAGGCUUCUGCAGCAGAAGACUCACAGGAAGUGACUUAUGCCCAACUAAACAGAGAGAUUGUCAAGAGGAACAUGGAUUCACUUCCCUCCAACACCCUUCCGGGCAUGUCUACACAGACCUGUGUGUACGCUACCCUCAUGUUAUCCCAAGAGAAGAGUCAGAGCUAG